AUGGAUCAUCAUUAUAUGAAUACAAUUGAAAUUGUAGUUAAAUUUGUAUCAUAUGAAUUAAGAGACAAUGUUGAUAUUAUUAAUAUUGAUGAAAUUAAAAGAAAAUUAAUUCAAGAUUUAAUAAAUAAUUAUAAUGAGCUUUUAUUUGGAUGCAAUAUUUUUAUACAUGUUGAUAAAUAUGUUGAAAAAAGUAAAAUAUUUAUUGAUAAUGUAAUUCGUGUACAACGAUCAUUAAAAGACAAAGAAGAAAGGAUUGCAAUAUAUUCUAAUACAAGAAUUAAUAAUGUAUCGAAUGAAAUUUCUACAAUUGAGAAUGAGAUAAAACAAAUAGAAAAACAUAGAGAAACUGAAACAAGUGAAUUAAUAAAAUUAAAGAGUCAAAGAAAUGAUAAUAAUGAAACAAUAACGGCCUGGCCAGCUAACUCUACCUGCGUACGUAAUUCCGUGACGUUUUUCUAUGAUUUUGUUUUAUUUGCAGAAAUUUUUGAAAAAGUCAGAACUCAAAAGUAAAUAAACCAUUUUGUAGACAA